GAGGCUCGACCUGUUGACUGCUCUCGUGCUCGCCCUGCCUGCCUGGCACCGUGUGUGUGUGUGUGCACACGUGGGCUUGCCAACUCCGAUCCGAUUCCACUUUAAGAAGGCGGAAACCUCCCGCGCUCCUCAGUCUGUUGAUUACACGGCCUCGGGUGGCACAUGGUAGCGCGCGCCUCGUGAAUCCGUCCCAACAUGGCGAAACCGUAUGGCGCUCCUCUCGGCGAACACGCGCACUAAACACAAGACUCUACGGCGCAGUUUGGACGCGAUCACCACCCCGGAGCCUCUUGUUCUACUGUCAUCGGUGCUUGGACUGUUCUUGAGCCAUAGUGGCACCGCGGACGGAGAGGGGCGGAUAAAUGCGGCAACACACGCGCCGCUCUGACCGCCUCAGCGCCGAACGCAGUGAGUGAGUGAGUGAGUGCGUGUCCCGGGAGCCGCGCGCGGGGCUGGAUUUGAGAGCGAUUCCGAGCAGCAGAGCAGAGAGAAGCUCCCUCUGGACCGCGCGAGGGAAGAAGAAGAAGAACAGGGCGAUACGGUGAGAUGGGCUAAGCGGCAGCUGCUGACGAAGACACCUUACCGUAGGCGUGCGUCCGAGCCGCGGUGGAUCCGCGGGAUGGCCGCGUCCAGUAACUCCAGUCUCUCCGGAUCCUCUCUCUCCUCCGAUCAAGAAGAUUUCCAGCCACCCAUAUGGAAGUCCUACUUGUACCAGCUACAGCAGGAAGCUCCUCGCCCCAAGAGGAUCACCUGUGCACAGGAGCUGGAGAGUCGACCCCGGCACUACGGCAGAGAGUUUCAUGGAAUGAUCUCUAGGGAGUGUGCGGACCAGCUGCUUGGUGGGGCAGAGGGGGCGUAUCUGAUCCGGGAGAGCAAGAGGCAGCCUGGGAGCUACACGCUAGCCCUGAGAUUUGGUAAUCAGACUCUGAACUACCGACUGUUUUAUGACGGGAAGCACUUUGUGGGUGAGAAGCGGUUUGAGUCGGUGCACGACCUGGUGACGGACGGCCUGAUCACGCUCCACAUCGAGAGUAACGCCGCGGCGUACAUCGCCCGCAUGACCACCAACCCCAUCUACCAGCACCUGGCCUGCAGCGCCCUCCUGCGGAGCCACCGCACCACACACAGGCUGGGCCCGGCACACACACCACCCAAACGGGUCACCUUCCAGCAGGAGGACAAGGUUAGGCCACAGGCACGAACAUCCUCCUCCUCCUCCUCCUCCUCCUCCUCGUCCUCCUCCUGCUCGUCCUCCUGCUCCCAGCUGAUGGAGUGUGUGAGGAGGUGUGAGCCAGCGGAGGAGCGGAUGGGUCCUGCCACAGGGGCGGGGGUUGGGGGUCUGGCCGUGCCCCCGCGGGCCAAGCGCUGCUGGCGCAGACGUCAGGAGCUGCUGACCCUUGCCCUGGGGGUGCGUGUGGGCAGCAGUCAGGGGUCGUUGCUAUGGAAACCACUAAAGCUGCUGGCAUGUCCACAGGUGGCGUGCGUGCUGAAGGACGGCGCCGACAAACACUGCAGCUACGACAAGGUGCACAACUUCAAGGUUCAUACCUUUAGAGGACCUCACUGGUGUGAGUACUGCGCCAACUUCAUGUGGGGACUGAUUGCCCAGGGUGUCCGCUGUUCAGACUGCGGUCUAAACGUCCAUAAGCAGUGCUCUAAGCUGGUGCCCAGUGACUGCCAGCCAGACUUGCGGCGGAUCAAGAAGGUGUUCAGCUGUGACCUCACCACGCUGGUCAAGGCCCACAACACCCCACGCCCCAUGGUGCUGGACAUGUGCAUCCGGGAGAUAGAGCACAGAGGGCUGACGUCAGAGGGUUUAUACAGAGUUUCUGGUUUCACUGACCACAUAGAAGACGUCAAAUUGGCUUUUGACCGAGAUGGAGAUCGAGCGGACAUCAGUGACAGUUCUUACGCUGAUAUUAAUAUCAUUGCUGGAGCUCUGAAGCUCUACCUGAGAGCCCUGCCGAUCCCCGUCAUCACCUACGACCUGUACAACACCUUCAUCCAGGCAGCGAAGGUUCCUGACCCUGAGGCACGGUUAGAGGCCAUCCAUGAGUCCCUGCUGCAGCUCCCUCCUGCUCACUACGAGACGCUCCGAUACCUGAUGAUGCACCUCAAGAGGGUGACCAUGCACGAGAAGGACAACUUUAUGAACGCUGAGAAUCUGGGGAUCGUCUUUGGACCCACGCUGAUGCACCCGCCCGACCAGAACACCCUGGCGUCGCUCAACGACAUGCGCUACCAGAAGGUCAUCAUACAGCUCCUGAUCGAGCAGGAGGACGUCCUGUUCUAACUCCACAAGAGGACGUCCUCUUCUAACUCCACAGGAGGACAUGCUGUUUUAUCCUGACUCGGCUGAACACGAGGACGUGUUUCUUUCAGCUGAACAUGAACAUAUCUUGCUUUAACUCAACACAACAGUGUGUGUGUGUGUGUGUGUGUGUGUGUGUGUGUG